ACCAGGAACAGAUUUGAAGCAGUGCAGAGUGAAGUGGUGCCAGUCAGCAUGUCAGAGGCAGAGCACAUAGCCUCCAUUUCCUCUGAUAAAAAUAUCGGGAAAACAUUUGAAUUAAAGGAAGACUCCUGCAACUUGUUGUCUGGUGAUGACAGCAGCAGCUUAGAAAAUGAGUCUACGCUGCCAUCAUUAAACUUUGAUAAAACUUUAUGUCAGCCUAAUGAACACAAUCAGAUUGAAGCACAGGAAAACUAUAUUCAGGAUCAUGGUGGAGGUGAGGAUUCUUGUGCUAAAACAGACAUAUGCCCAGAAAAUUCUGAACAACUAGCUAAUUUUCCCGGUGGAGGUUUUACAGAGCAAGCUUCAAAAACAAAGGAAACUGAGCAGACAGUGACACAGAUAUUGGCGGAAUUGAGGUCAUCUACAUUUACAGAAGCAGCAAAUCAAAAGACUUAUUCAGAAAGUCCUUACGAUACAGACUGCACCAAGAAACUUAUUUCAAAAAUAAAGAAUGUUUCGGCGUCAGAGGAUUUGUUGGAAGAAAUAGAAUCUGAGCUUUUAUCUACAGAGUUUGCAGAAGAACACCGAGUUCCAAAUGGAAUGAAUAAGGGAGAACAUGCAUUAGUUAUGUUUGAAAAAUGUGUGCAGGAGAAGUAUUUACAACAGGAGCACACCAUAAAGAAGUUAAUUAAAGAAAAUAAGAAGCAUCAGGAGCUCAUCUUAGACAUUUGUUCAGAAAAAGACAAUUUAAGAGAAGAAUUAAAAAAAAGAACAGAAACAGAGAAGCAGCAUAUGAACACAAUUAAACAGUUAGAAUCAAGAAUAGAGGAACUUAGUAAAGAAGUUAAAGCUUCCAAAGAUAAACUAGUAGCUCAAGACAUUGCAGCUAAAAAUGCAGUUCAGCAGUUACAUAAAGAGAUGGCCCAUCGAAUGGAACAGGCCAACAAAAAAUGUGAAGAGGCACGCCAGGAAAAAGAAGCAAUGGUAAUGAAGUAUGUAAGAGGCGAGAAGGAAUCUUUAGACCUUCGAAAGGAAAAAGAGAUACUUGAAAGAAAGCUCAGAGAUGCAAAUAAAGAAUCCGAGAAAAACACUAACAAAAUUAAGCAGCUUUCUCAGGAGAAAGGACGGUUGCACCAGCUGUAUGAGACAAAGGAAAGUGAAACUACUAGACUCACCAGAGAAAUUGACAAAUUAAAAGAAGAUAUCAACUCUCAUGUCAUAAAAGUAAAAUGGGCACAAAACAAAUUAAAAGCAGAAAUGGAUUCACACAAGGAAACCAAAGAUAAACUCAAAGAAACAACAACAAAGUUAACUCAAGCAAAGGAAGAAGCAGAUCAGAUAAGGAAAAAUUGUCAGGAUAUGAUAAAAACGUAUCAGGAGUCAGAAGAAAUUAAAUCAAAUGAGCUGGAUGCCAAGCUUAGAGUCACAAAAGGAGAACUUGAAAAACAGAUGCAAGAAAAAUCCGACCAGCUAGAGAUGCAUCAUGCCAAAAUAAAAGAACUGGAAGAUCUGAAGAGAACAUUUAAGGAGGGCAUGGAUGAACUACGAACACUGAGAACAAAGGUGAAAUGUCUAGAAGAUGAACGAUUAAGAACAGAAGAUGAGUUAUCAAAAUAUAAGGAAAUUAUUAAUCGCCAGAAAGCUGAGAUUCAGAAUUUAUUGGACAGAGUGAAAAUUGCGGAUCAGAUACAGGAGCAGCAUCAAAGAGGUAAACAAGAAAUUGAAAAUUUGAAGGAAGAAGUGGAAAGUCUCAAUUCUUUGAUUAAUGACCUACAAAAAGACAUCGAAGGCAGUAGGAAAAGAGAAUCUGAGCUACUGCUGUUUACAGAAAAGCUCACUAGUAAGAAUGCACAGCUCCAGUCUGAAUCCAAUUCUUUGCAGUCACAAUUGGAUAAGCUUUCCUGUAGUGAAAGUCAGUUACAAAGCCAAUGUGAACAAAUGAAACAGACAAAUACUAAUUUGGAAAGUAGAUUGUUGAAAGAGGAGGAACUGCGGAGGGAGGAGGUCCAGACCCUGCAAGCGGAACUCACCUGUAGACAAACAGAAGUUAAAGCACUGAGCACCCAGGUCGAAGAACUAAAAGAUGAAUUAGUCACUCAGAGACGUAAACAUGCCUCCAGUGUCAAGGAUCUUAUCAAACAACUCCAGCAAGCACGAAGAAAAUUAGAUCAGAUUGAGAAUGGAAACUAUGAUAAAGAAGUCAGCAGCAUGGGGAGUCGUUCUAGUUCAUCAGGGUCCCUCAAUGCUCGAAGCAGUGCAGAAGAUCGAUCUCCAGAAAAUACUGGGUCAUCAGUAGCUGUGGAUAACUUUCCAGAAGUAGAUAAGGCCAUGUUGAUUGAGAGGAUAGUAAGGCUACAGAAAGCACAUGCUCGGAAAAAUGAAAAGAUAGAAUUUAUGGAGGAUCAUAUCAAACAAUUGGUAGAAGAAAUUAGGAAAAAAACAAAAAUAAUUCAGAGUUACAUUUUACGGGAAGAAUCAGGCACACUUUCUUCAGAGGCAUCUGAUUUUAACAAAGUCCAUUUAAGUAGACGGGGAGGCAUUAUGGCAUCUUUAUAUACAUCCCAUCCAGCUGAUAGUGGAUUAACAUUGGAACUCUCUUUGGAGAUCAACAGAAAAUUACAGGCUGUUUUAGAGGAUACAUUACUAAAAAAUAUUACAUUGAAGGAAAAUCUACAAACACUUGGAACAGAAAUUGAGCGUCUUAUUAAACAUCAGCAUGAACUCGAACAGAGAACGAAGAAACCCUAA